AUGUCGAUCAUCUUGGUUGAUGAUGAUGCGGAUUUUAGAUCGAUGACCGCCCGCGCUCUUAGAAGGCUGGGGCACACGGUUCAAGAAGGCGAGUCUGGUGAGGCUGCCUUGGAGCUGUUCGACAAAUACAGCUUCGAUGUGGCGGUCCUUGACCUCACUAUGCCCGGCAUGUCGGGGCUAGACCUGCUUCGUAGCAUCCGAGAGCGGGAUAGUGAGACUGAAUCUGUCAUGCUCACCGGGGAAGCAAGCGUAAAGACCGCCGUCGAGGCGAUGAAGUUGGGCGCACAUGACUACCUGAGCAAACCCGUCGAACUGGAGGAAUUGCGAGUUGUUAUAGAGAAGGCUUACGAAUCAUGUUGCCUGCGCAGAGAGAACCAGCGCUUAAAGGUCGCUCUCGAGCGGACUCGUCCCUCGCUGUCAAUGAUUGGCGAGUCGAAAGGGAUGAAGGAGGUAUUGCGACUAAUCGAGCGAGCAGGACCUACCGACAAGCCAAUCUUAAUCCAAGGGGAAAGCGGCACGGGUAAGGAAUUGGUCGCGCACGCCCUCCACCAGGCGAGUGAAGUUGCUGAUAAGCCGAUGAUUGUCAUUAACUGCGCAGCCCUACCAGAACAACUGCUUGAAAGCGAGUUGUUCGGCCAUGAAAAAGGAGCGUUUACCGGUGCAACUAGCACCAAGCCUGGCCUAUUCGAGGUUGCCGAUGGGGGAACGCUUUUCAUCGACGAGAUCGGAGAACUAGCCCCCUCGCUUCAGGCAAAGCUGUUACGCGUCUUAGAAGAUGGGUCACUUCGCAGGGUCGGUUCUACGAAAGAACGCAAGGUCAAUGUCCGUAUCAUCAGUGCGACCAAUCGCGAUAUGCGACAAGAAGUUGAUAGAGGUCGGUUCCGAGAAGAUCUGUACUACCGAAUCGACGUGAUGACCUUGCGCCUGCCUCCGCUGCGGGAGCGACAAGAUGACAUUCGGAUGCUAACGGCACACUUCGCUGGCCAGGAUUGGCAGGUUACCCCAGAGGCGAUGGCUGCUAUUCACAGUUACAGUUGGCCAGGCAACGUACGCCAGCUCAUCAAUGCCAUCGAACGAGCAAAGAUUUUGGCAGACGACGAAGUCAUCAGCGUAAGCAACCUUCCGGAAGUCGUCGCAGACUGUGUUUCCGUAUCUCCAGAAAGUUUAGAUGUCUCGAGUGAAGCCAGCGGCGAUGACCUGGACUCAAUUCAAAAAGCCCAUAUCGGCGAACUAAUGGCCCGAGAAAUGGGAAACAAAGCUCGAGUUGCCCGCCUUCUGGGUGUGAGCCGGCGAACGCUCUACCGCCUGCUGGACAAGUACGACAUUCCGACUCAGUUCCCUGAAGCUGAGGUGCUGGUUGUGACACGCUGUGACGUGGUUGGCCGAGCAGCGCAACUUUUCGAUACACAAAUACGAGGGCAGCGCGAGCAGAUCCCUCGUAUUCGCCGCGAAAUCGACUCGGCCACACAUGCGGAACCACUCAAGUUUGGUGAACUCCAUCAUCUGAUGGUGAAGUCGAUUGAGGAGCAGAAAUUGAUGGACUUACAACUGAAAAAUAAGACCGCGUUAGUCACGGCUUCGACGGGCGGUAUCGGCUUGGCAAUCGCCAAACAACUCGCCGCUGAGGGGGCUACGACGAUUGUGAAUGGCCGCAGCGAGGCGAGUGUUGAAGAUGGCAUCUCCCGCAUCCAAAAAAAUGUGCCGGAUGCUGACCUGAUCGGGCUGGCAGCCGAUAACGGAACGGUCACGGGAAUCGAGCAAACGAUUGAUCGGCAUCCCGAUGUCGACAUUGUUGUGAAUAACCUGGGCAUCUUCGAGGCCGUAGACUUUUUUGACACCACAGAUGAGCAAUGGCUCGAGAUCUUCAACACCAAUGUGAUGAGCGGUGUCCGACUUGCAAGACAUUACCUUGAGAAAAUGCUCGACCGAAACUCGGGUCGCAUCAUCUUUGUCAGCAGCGAGUCUGGAGUCGUCCCUUCGCCUGAAAUGGCCCACUACGCCAUGACAAAAACGGCCCAGUUGUCCAUCGCUCGCAGUCUUGCUCAGUUGACCAAGGGGACCGCGGUAACCGUGAACUCAGUUCUACCCGGCUCCACCAGGACACCGGGUGUCGAGAGAUUCGUUGGCGAACUUUUCCCCGAUGAGGACUUCGCCUCGGCCGAGCGAAGAUUCGUAGUAGAGAAUCGGCCAACCUCGCUUAUCCAGCGAUUAAUUGAACCGGAAGAAAUUGCCAAUCUCGUUGCCUUCGUCGCGAGCCCGCUCGCUUCUGCCACCAACGGAGCGGCGUUAAGAAGCGACGGAGGAAUCAUCCCAACGAUCAAUUAG